GGCGGAAGUAGGGUUGAGAAGCGGCAGCAGCACCGAGCGGAGGAGGCAGCAGCCGGAGCGGGAGCCGAAACGGGGCGGGCACCAUGGCUGGUAUCACCACCAUCGAGGCGGUGAAGCGCAAGAUUCAGGUUCUGCAGCAGCAGGCGGAUGACGCCGAGGAGAGGGCCGAGCGUCUCCAGCGGGAGGUGGAGGGGGAGAAGCGGGCCCGGGAACAGGCUGAGGCUGAGGUGGCUUCCUUGAACCGUCGGAUCCAGCUGGUUGAGGAGGAGCUGGACCGUGCUCAGGAGCGCCUGGCGACAGCUCUGCAGAAACUAGAAGAGGCAGAGAAGGCAGCUGAUGAGAGUGAGAGAGGUAUGAAGGUCAUUGAAAAUCGGGCCUUGAAGGAUGAAGAGAAGAUGGAGCUGCAAGAAAUCCAGCUGAAAGAGGCCAAGCACAUUGCAGAGGAAGCAGACAGGAAGUAUGAGGAGGUGGCCCGAAAAUUGGUGAUCAUUGAGGGAGACUUGGAACGCACAGAGGAGCGGGCCGAGCUGGCUGAGUCCCGUUGCCGGGAGAUGGAUGAGCAGAUCAGACUGAUGGACCAGAACCUGAAGUGUCUGAAUGCUGCUGAAGAAAAGUAUUCACAGAAAGAAGACAAAUAUGAGGAAGAGAUAAAGAUUCUUACUGAUAAACUCAAGGAGGCAGAGACCCGUGCUGAGUUUGCUGAGAGAUCGGUAGCCAAACUGGAAAAGACGAUUGAUGACUUGGAAGAUAAACUGAAAUGCACCAAAGAGGAGCACCUCUGCACACAAAGGAUGCUGGACCAGACUCUGCUUGACCUGAAUGAGAUGUAGAAAUCCCUUAACCCCAGCCCCACCCUGUCGCUGCUCCUUCCACUGACUCUGACUUCGCUGGAGGCCAGCCUGCUUGAAGCUGACCUUUAAACUGAGGGCUGAUCUUUAACCUGAAGGCUGCUUUCUUCUCUGGGUCCUUGCUUACCCUCUCCCCACUCUCCCCCUACCCCCAACUCCCCAUGUCAUUUUCACCAAACUGUCUCUGCCGCUCUCCCCUAGAGAUCCCAGAUGGGCUAAGGGUUGAGCACUUUUGGGAACAACAUUUAAGGGAACAUGAGCACAAUGCAAUGGUGUCUUUAAAAGCAUGUUGUAUGAUGUAUACAUUUUGUAAUUACCUUUUUUGUUGUUGUUGGUAGCAACCAUUUGUAAGACAUUCCAGAUAAUUCCCCAGCUCCUAGGCUGCAUCUAAUCACUUUUCUUCCUUUUGGAUGGUAAAUAUUUCUACCCAAAACAACGGCCCUUCUCCAUAGAAGAGGGGAGGAGGUGUUAGCCUGCCCUACCAAGAGCUGAACGUAACCCAAGAAAAGACUCCACCAUGGGAAACCUCAUUGCCUAAUGUACCAAGCACCAGCCAAACCAGAAAGGUCAUUCCAGGAGUUUGCCAAAAAAAGAGUGCUGUUCAGGUUUCCAGCUUUAAGGUGUAUUGGGGUGUUUUUUCUUUUCCUUUUCCUUUUUUUUUUAAACAUUUACAUCAGUAGCAAACAUGCAAACUACACAGAAAAGACCUCUGAGACCAAAUUGUCUUCCCUCUCCUCAUUCACUCACAGAAUGGAUCAUGUACCCCAGAAAUUGGGGUGUCUACUCCCAUCCCCCGCUCCACCUUCUUUGAAAAAUAACGUUUUUGCCACUGAUUAGCCAAGUGAAAUUCAUCUCAUUACCCAUUUCUGGGUCUGAAGCUGCUGUCUCUAAAAGUGCCAUCUCAUUGUGCUUUGUAUCACUCAGUGCUGGAGAAAUCUUGAAUAGCUUGUGUACAAAACUUUUUUUAAAUUUUAUAUAUAUUAUUUUUGAAGCUUUAUUUCUCUUGGGUGGGGAGUGCCAAGACCAACCCCCCACCCCACCUCUACCCCACCUCCACCCCAAUCUGGCUGUGAGUGCUGUCUGCAGUCCAUGGGCUGGCAGUGUGCUUGAUUUUUUUUUUUAUUUUUAUUUUUUUUUUUGGCGAGGUUUCUGUGAGGUCUGUUAGGUUUGCAUCGUGCAGCUUAUUGGCUUAAGUGUAUUCUCCUUUGGUAUGGUCUAUUUGGGAGCCAAUCUGGAGAAAGAGGAACCAAUAGUGCAAGUGUUUUGAUACUGAAAAUUGACAAAAUGUCUUUGAAAUAAAGAACCAGUCCCUCCA